GGAGGGAGGGAGGUGGGUGGGAAGAGGCCUCUGGAAUGUUAGUGAGGUCAGGAGAGUCCUUCCCAGGUGGAAGAAACGCCCCAGACGGUGCCCCAGAGCACUUGGCAUCCCAGGAACUUGCCCUCUGAGAAUUCCCUUCCCUGUCCCUCUGGUCUGGCUUCACCCCUCCCUUCCGUGCCCUCAGCCAACCUUCCCACCAUCCCCUUUCCUGAGCACCCCUUACUUUGCCGCUGCUUGGGCUUCUGCCAGCAAGGCCAGGAGCUCACCUGUGGUGGGGAGAGGGGAAUACAGGCCACAGGCGGACCUGUCUCAGCCUCUUUCCCCUUUGUGUGAUGGGAUGUUAGCAGCCCCCUCUCUUGGAGGCUGGUGUGGCGGCUCAGCAGGUGACCCCGUGGAAAGCCUCAACUGCACACGGGCAGGGAAGGGUGCAUUAUCCUUUUUAUCAUGGCUUCAGUGAUUUUGUGAGCUUUGACACGUAGUGGCAAUUCCGGUGUGGCUCAAGGGUGGUUCUGGGGCCAACAGAGCAGCAGUGCCAGCUGGGAGGGUGUUAGAGACGCAGACUCUCAGCCCCCAGACCUGCCUGACCCGAGCCUGCUUCUCACCAACACUCCACUCUGGAUCCAACCCGGCUGCAGGUGGAGACACCAAGGCCCCAGGAGGGGCCCCUGGCAAGUUGCCGGUUGGGGGCCUGCGCUCUGGAGACAGAGAGUCUGCGCUGCCCGGCUCCGGGCUCUGUGCGGGGGGUGACAUAAGCACCUCCCUGCAGGGUGGCAGGGCUCCGUGAGCCUUCUCUGCGGUUAUUACAGAGCUAGCAGGGCUUGGUAGAGGGAGCUUAGCUGACGCUCUCCUUCCUCACCUCAGACUCCGUAGCAAGUGGCGCUUGGACCCGUGAACCAGAUCCUUCCCUGCUGCGCGUCCCCCAGCCCCUCCUCCGGGAGGAAGAGCAGCAGCUACCUUUCUGUGUGUGACCUUUUGUAGACAUUCACUUCUCUGGUCUUGCUUGAUCCUUACAGCAGCCUUGUUGGGGGGGGGCGGUGUUAUUGUCCUGUGACACCCAGAGAGGGGAAAGACUCCCCCAAGGUCACGGAGAAAGAACCUGGCAGAGCCAGAAGCACAAGCAAGGUCUACGCAACUCGGAGUCAGACCGGCCUACGCAGGAAAGGGAGCUUGUUGGAUUCUGUAACCGAAAAGUCCCGCCUGGGGUGCUGGUAUCUACCUUCAGGUGUGGCUGGAUCCAGGGGCUCCUGCAAGGCGCCAUCUCCAGGAUCUAUUUCCAUCAGUCUCACCUCUGUGUUGGCUUUCUUUCCACGUGGGACUCCAAUGUGCACAUUCCCUGGAGUGGUGGAGGGGUGGAGUCAGCAGUACCUAAACCCUGUGGAUGGGGACUGGGGUGCUGAGGUGCCCCCACGGGAAAAUAGGGUGCUGGACAGGCAAGGCCAAGAGAAGCCCUCUGACCGCCCCCCCUCCCCGCUCUAUCCGGCCCUCCUGCUUCUGUCCCCAUUCAUCCCCACGGGCUUCUCUGCCGUGUGGGGUCCCUGCAGGACGUCAGGCAGCCCUGGGCCCCGACCCUGUGUCACAUGGGCACCCUGCGCCCUGCUCAGGUGCCCCGCGCUGCGCCACACCACCCCCACUCCGAAACCUCCGGCUUACAGCAGCCGAGGCUCAGCUUCUGGCGCCGGCAAGGGGCCCCUGUCCUGAACGCAGGGCAUCAAGGAGGGUCCUGCAACGGCGGGGCACCUUGUUAGCGAGGCAGAGGGGCAGUGUCACGGGGACACGGGGCUGGGCGCCCCGAGGCUCGGGCCAGAGCCCCGGCCUCAGCCUGCCCUGCCGUCUUUCCUCACCCCAACGUGCGUCUGUCUGCGGGUCUUGCUGGCCAGCCCUCCCAAAGGGGUCCCAGAUCCCUCCACUCCACCCCCGCUGCCCCCGCUGGUUCGGCCACUGUCCUCGCCGGCCUGGCCGGGCACUCCUCGGUCUCCCUGCCCCUCCACGGCAGCCUCUCCACGUGGGGGCGGGGCCGCGUCGCCCGCCUUCCUACACCCUCCUGUUGCAUUUAAAGUGAGCUCACCGCGCCGGUGGUCCCGGCUGACCUGGCCCCUGCCCUUUCUCCUCUCUCUCCCAGCCUGCUCUUUGCCCUCUGAACAGGCCAAGACUGUGUUUUCUUCUUAGCACUUACCUCUACGAGAGGUUUGCUUUUGAAGUAUGGUAUUCGUGCUGGCUGUCGGCCUCCCCUCCGAGAAUGAGGGCCCCAAGAGGGCAGGUGCGUCCUGGCACCUGGACCUGCCGGCUCAGAGCAGGUGCUCGGCCACGUCAGCACCGGUGGAAGGGUGCAGAGCGCGGGAACAGGGAGGAAACCAGCUUCUUUCCUUGGACCUGCCGUGUCAGGCACACGUUCUCCCCUGCAGUACCUCCCGUCCUUGGUGUGUCCUCAGGCUGCCGGGGGGACGCCAUCCCAGAGCCGCUGGGUGGCCUGUGGGAGAGAAGGGUGGGGAUCCUGAGCCCUACAUCCCGGCCCUCCCGCGUCGGAAUCUCCCCACUUGCGGCAGAGCAGCGCUCGUUCCACAGCUUGGCCCGCGGGGUGCCCUGCAGGCCUGCUGUCCAGGGACGUGAGAGCAGCAUGAGCACGGGAUCCUGUUGCUUCGCUGCAAACCCUGCAGGAGGUGUCCUGGGCUGCUCCUUGCUGAACGGGAGACCUGCGCUCUCAGCACAAACGAUUCAUCUUUUCCAUUUCUUUAAAUCUACUGAAGCGUAACCCAUACGGAAAAUCGCUCGGAUCACAGGGCCGGCGGCUGGCGGGAUGGACACCCCGGAGGAGGAGAUCUGGGCCAGCGGGGCCCCGCCCCCGGCGCCCAACAUCAGUGUGCCACACCGCUGUCUGCUGCUGCUCUACGAGGACAUCGGCACCUCUAGGGUCCGGUACUGGGACCUCUUGCUGCUCGUCCCCAACGUGCUAUUCUUCAUCUUCCUGCUCUGGAAGCUUCCGUUUGCUCGGGCCAAGAUUCGAGUCACCUCCAGCCCCAUUUUUAUCACCUUCUAUAUCCUGGUGUUCGUGGUGGCGCUGGUGGGCAUCGCCCGGGCCGUGGUGUCCAUGACGGUCAGCGCCUCAGAUGCUGCGACUGUCGCUGAUAAGAUCCUGUGGGAGAUUACCCGCUUCUUCCUGCUGGCCAUCGAGCUGAGCGUGGUCAUCCUGGGCCUCGCCUUUGGUCACCUGGAGAGCAAGUCGAGCAUCAAGCGGGUGCUGGCCAUCACCACGGUGCUGGCCCUGGCCUACUCCGUCACCCAGGGCACGCUGGAGAUCCUGUACCCGGAUGCCCACCUGUCGGCUGAGGACUUCAACAUCUACGGGCACGGGGGCCGCCAGUUCUGGCUCGUCAGCUCCUGCUUCUUCUUCCUGGUCUACUCUCUGGUGGUCGUGCUCCCCAAGACCCCGCUGAAGGAGCGCAUCUCCCUGCCCUCACGAAGGAGCUUCUACGUGUACGCGGGCAUCCUGGCGCUGCUCAACCUGCUGCAGGGGCUGGGGAGCGCGCUGCUGUGCGCAGACGUCAUCGAGGGGCUCUGCUGCGUGGACGCCACCACCUUCCUCUACUUCAGCUUCUUCGCGCCCCUCAUCUACGUGGCCUUCCUGCGGGGCUUCUUCGGCUCGGAGCCCAAGAUCCUCUUCUCCUACAAAUGCCAAGUGGACGAGACCGAGGAACCAGACGUGCACCUGCCCCAGCCCUACGCGGUGGCCCGGCGGGAGGGCCUAGAGGCGGCGGUGGCCGCCAGCACGCAGUUCGACUCGGCCGGGGGGGUGGCCUACCUGGACGAUGUGGCUUCCAUGCCUUGCCACACGGGCAGCGUCAACAGCACGGACAGUGAGCGCUGGAAGGCCAUCAACACCUAGCCUGGCUGCCCCGGGAGGGCGGGAGGGCCUGGGGGCCUGUGGAGGGCCGGCUGGGGAGUGCAGAGCCCCCGGCCAGGAGGACAGGGGGUCAGGCCCGUGCGUGGGCAGCGGCCCCGUGCAGGCCCUGUCCCGCCCUCUGUCCCCCACUUGCCUGCGGCCACCUCUGCUUCAGCUGGGGGCCGCCUCCCCCUCCACCUGCUCUCCCCUUGCUCGGCGACUCGGCCCCGACUCUGACGUCUCAGGGCCAGGCCUGGCUAGGCUGGCCGAGGGCAGCUCCCUGCAGCCUGGGCCCCCAGGACUGCUCUGAUCCCCCUUAGCCUCCGCCCGCCCCCCCCAAAGCCCACUCUGGCGGAUGGGCUGAAGUGUGUAUAUUUUCUUGAUCUGUUUUCUAAUAAAAAGGAAAAGGAGCAGAA